ACUACUACCACUCCAACAACCACAACUACCACUGCAACCACCACUACUACCACCACUACAACCACCCCAACCACCACUUCAACCACCUCGACAACCACUCCAACCACCACUACUACCACUCCAACAACCACAACAACCACCACUCCAACCACCACUACUACCACUCCAACAACCACAACUACCACUCCAACCACCACUACUACCACAACUACUACCACUCCAACCACCUCGACAACCACUCCAACCACCACUACAACCACUCCAACCACCACUUCAACCACCUCGACAACCACUUCAACCACCUUGACAACCACUCCAACCACAACUACUACCACUUCAACAACCACAACUACCACCACUGCAACCACCCCAACCACCACCUCGACAACCACUCCAACCACCACUACUACCACUCCAACAACCACAACAACCACCACUCCAACCACCACUACUACCACUCCAACAACCACAACUACCACUCCAACCACCACUACUACCACAACUACUACCACUCCAACCACAACUACUACCACUCCAACCACCUCGACAACAACUCCAACCACCACUACUACCACUCCAACAACCACAACUACCACUGCAACCACCACUACUACCACCACUACAACCACCCCAACCACCACUUCAACCACCUCGACAACCACUCCAACCACCACUACU